AUGAGAGAAAUAGUUCACGUACAGGUCGGGAGAUGUGGGAACCAGAUUGGCUCGAAGUUUUGGGAAGUGAUAUCUGACGAGCACGGAAUCGACCCCUGUGGCCGCUACCAAGGAGACUCUGAUUUGCAACUCGAGCGGAUCAAUGUCUACUACAACGAAGCGUUUGGAGCUAAAUAUGUUCCUAGAGCUGUUCUUGUAGAUCUCGAGCCCAGUACCAUGGAUUCAAUCCGAGGCGGACCCUACGGCUCUAUCUACCGUCCAGAUAACGUAGUCUGCGGUGCCUCAGGCGCAGGCAAUAACUGGGCUAAAGGACAUUACACCGAAGGGGCAGAUUUACUUGAAACAGUCCUCGAUGUGGUCAGGAAGGAAGCGGAAGGCUGCGAUUGCUUGCAAGGCUUCCAAUUAGUCCAUUCUCUUGGAGGAGGUACAGGAUCAGGCAUGGGCACUUUGCUGCUCGCUAACUUAACCGAAGAAUACCCAGAUCGAAUUACUGCCACAUACUCAGUGGUUCCAAGUCCAACAGUUUCAGACACAGUCGUUGAACCAUACAAUGCCACUUUAUCUGUGAAUCAAUUAAUAGAGAAUUCAAUCCAGUCUUACUGCAUCGAUAACGAAGCUUUGUAUUACAUAUGCCACAGAACGUUGAAGCUCAUGACGCCUACGUACGGGGAUCUGAACCAUCUGGUGUCUUUAACGAUGUCUGGCGUGACAACGUGUCUGCGGUUUCCAGGGCAACUUAACGCGGAUCUACGAAAGUUAGCGGUCAAUAUGAUACCCUUUCCGAGGCUGCACUUCUUUAUGCCCGGCUUUGCACCGCUGACGUCAAGAGGUAGUCAGCAGUACCGCGCUCUCACGGUACCAGAAUUAACACAACAAAUGUUCGACGCAAAGAAUAUGAUGGCGGCUUGUGACCCUCACCGCGGUCGCUAUCUCACUGUAGCCACCGUCUUCCGGGGAAGAAUGUCAAUGAAGGAAAUAGACGAGCAAAUCCUUAACGUGCAGAAAAAGAAUAAGGACUUUUUCGUCGAAUGGAUCCCAAAUAACGUGCAGACUGCGGUUUGUGACAUCCCGCCCAGAGGAAUGAAAAUGUCCGCGACAUUCAUUGGGAAUACAACCGCGAUCCAGGAAAUUUUCAAGAGGAUUUCGGAGCAGUUUGCAGCGAUGUUUAGUAGAAAAGCUUUCCUACAUUGGUACACAGGCGAGGGUAUGGAGGAGGGAGAUUUUGCUGAAGCUGAUAACAAUGUCAGUGAUCUGUUAUCGGAGUACCAGCAGUAUCAGGAUGCGACCAUUGACCAGGAGUUCGAAGACGAAGAAACAGUAGAAGAGCAAAACGACGACAGUGAUGAACAAUAA